AUGUCCAAUGCAAGCUUUGUGAUAACAUUCAUCCUCACGGGCCUUCCGCAUACCCCAGCGCUGGACACUCCCUUCUUUGGAAUCUUCCUGGGAAUUUAUGUGCUCACUGUGGUGGGAAAUCUCCUCAUCCUGUUAGUGAUCUGGGUGGAUUCUCACCUCCACAUCCCCAUGUACUACUUCCUCACCAACCUGUCUUUUAUCGACAUGUGGUUCUCCAGUGUCACAGUGCCCAAAAUGCUGAUGACCCUGUUGUCCCCUGCUGGCAGAGCCAUCUCAUUCCACAGCUGCAUGGCCCAGUUCUAUUCUUUCCACUUCCUGGGAAGCACUGAGUGUUUCCUCUACACAGUCAUGUCCUAUGAUCGCUACCUGGCCAUCAGUUACCCACUCAGGUACACCAGCAUGAUGAGCGGGAAAGUGUGUGCCCUCCUGGCCAUUAGCACUUGGCUCAGUGGUUCUCUUCACUCUGCUGUCCAGACCAUAUUGACAUUUCGUUUGCCCUACUGUGGACCUAAUGAGAUCCAGCAUUACUUCUGUGAUGGACCACCACUUCUCAAACUGGCCUGUGCGGACACUUCAGCCAAUGAGGUGGUCAUCUUUGUGAGUGUUGGAAUAGUGGCCUCGAGCUGCUUUCUCCUCAUAGUGUUGUCCUAUGUGUCCAUUGUCUGUUCCAUUCUAAAGAUCCGCACCUCAGAGGGGAGACACAGAGCCUUUCAGACCUGUGCCUCCCACUGUAUCGUGGUCCUUUGUUUCUUUGUUCCCUGUGUUUUUAUUUACCUGAGGCCAGGCUCCAGGGAUGCUGUGGAUGGGUUUGUAGCAGUUUUCUACACUGCACUGACUCCCCUUCUCAACCCUGUUGUGUACACCCUGAGAAAUAAGGAGGUGAAGAAAGCUCUGUUGAAGCUUAAAGACAAAAUAGCAUGUUCUCCGACGGAUAAACACUAG